AGACGGCACGGUCCCGUCAGAAUAAUCAUGCCCCAAUGCAUUUUGGAUGGACAACGAAAAUGACACUGGUUGUGCUAGACGUAUUCUGUCAUGCGCGCGUUGCAGGAGGCGCAAACAAAAGUGCGACCGCCGUCUGCCCCAAUGUUCGCAAUGCGCCGCAGCAAGAGCCGAAUGCAAUGGCUUCAGUGUUGCGGACCAACAUGUCGACGUUCCUCGUAGUGUGAUACAUUUCCUCGAAUCCCAGAUUGCACAACUCGAGAUCGAGCUUUCGACAUGUGGCCUCCCGAGUCAGGCCAAGUCCGGAGUCAUCGAUGGCGGCCCAGCGAGCGUACAAGCACCGCAGCCGCCUGCAUCGAAUCAUCAAAGUCCAGCUACACCACUCGAUGCGUUGGAAAAUGAGAUCAUCCAGAGCAUGGAAAUUGGCGCGGCCAUCAGUGCCACCAUCCCGAUCGAUCCUGCUCUGACCGACUUGGUGUCCCGAGUGCGCAUGGGUCUAACGCCCUCUCUGGUGUUGCCAACCAUGACUGGAACUAGUCCUGAGUCCCGCAGAGCAGUUGUCUCGACUGACGUCGAGUCAGAGCGCGUCGAAUGCUCAACUCUUCUUACUUUACCAGACCACGUCGUUCAUGCUUUGGUCAACAAAUAUGUGGGACACGUCCUCCCGCAGACCCCAAUCUUCCUUUCCGAAGACAUUAAUCGGCAUCUGGAGGCGGUUCAAGCCAAGCUGCGCCACCACGAUGCCGGAAGACCACCGGAGCGCGUUGAACCUUCCUACCAUUUUCUCAUCCUGUACCUAGUCCUCGCCAUCGCUUCGACACUGGGCUGUGCGAAGAGUCAGCAUGAGUCUCGCUGCAUUGCUUUCUCGGAGAUCUUGUUUCGUGAAGGGAUUGCACACGUUUCGACCGGUAUGCCGUUUCCGAACGAGCUGGCCGGCAUCCAAGCCACACUGCUGAUGUUACAAUACGCCGAGAUCAAUCCGAACUGUGCCAACAUCUGGAUUCUCAGUGGUGCGGCGAUGAGAUCUUGUGUGGAGUUGGGAUUACAUCGCGAACCGCGAGGUACGGUUCUCAAAGAUCCACGGGCGGUAAAUCAGAGAAGGAGGAUCUUUUGGAUGGCAUACUGUAUGGAUCGUAUGGUUUCCCCGGCGCUGCAGAGACCACUGUCCAUACCAGACACCAACAUCAACACAUUAUAUCCCACACCCAUGGAGAACCGCAUCGGACAGCCAUCCGGCGGUUCUUCUCCAUCGAUGAGCAGACCACCCACAGUAAGACUCAUUGAGUAUUGCCGCAUUCAGUCUGAAUUAACCGAGGUGCACUUCCAAAACAAGCCCUUGGCUCGGGAAUGGAAUACCUGGGUAGCGGACAUGGAGCGGACACUCAAUCAGUGGUACCGGGAAGACCCAAAGCCGGACGAUAGUGUUGAACUGGCCUAUGCGUACGCCCAGGUGCGGUUACACCGGCCAUCACCUCGGAUGAUCAUGCCACGAGCCGAUAGUCUGGUUGCUGCUUUUGAUGCGGCGUGUAAAGCAGCUAAGCAUCAGCGCGAGAGCAUAACCGGUGGUUUUUUCCGCAGGCUCUGGCUCGCUUCACACCACACAGCGGAGACGUCCAUGGUGGCAGUCUUCUGUCUACGACACGCCUUCGACGAGAUUUUGGCGGCAUACUCGAUCGCUGAGCUUUUUGACAUGACUAAAGGUUUCACCUCGAACCUUCUGACGCUGGCGGCACAGGGUUGGAGUGAAAUUGCAACGUUUGCAGCGACGCUUGAACGUCUCCUUUCGCCUCUGAUCAAUGCUGCCAUGAGGAAAGACUCUUCGUUGUCGUUGUCAUACCCUACAGAGAUGGAUAACGAACUGAACAAUUUCCUGCUGCCCAAGAGCGCUUCGCAGGAAGCCUUCCUGGGAGGGCCAUUUCCAACUCACCUUCCUGACCUUGAUAUGCACAUGGACUUUGACAUGUUGAAUGCUAAUGACCUGUUCUUUGAGGCUUUCGCAGACAUCAGCGACCAGCAGGGAUGGACUUCACUUGAUCCUGUAGCAGCAACGGAUCCAUGGCCGGACCUUGCCAGUCCCGAACAUGUUUGAUUGUAGGACCAAACGGAAU